GGAGUUUCCUCUCAGGUAACACUUAAAAAUAUUAAAAGGCCUAACCUUGGAAAAUUCGAAAGAAGAAAUCGUCUCUCUUUUGUGGUCACAUCAGUGAACUUUUUUUAUAUCAAAUAUGCUGACCAAAUUUUUUCUUCAUCUGAUUGUCAUCUUGUCGCUGUUAGUCAUCGCAAGUCACGCAGGUAGUAUCGCAAAGGUUGUUGACCACAGUAAAGGAGUGUACAUGCACGAUCAUCCUGAUUUCCCAUCGGUCAUGGGAGGGCCCGGCGGUCCAUACCGCACUCACUACCUUCAUUCUCGGUUUGGAAUUGGUCACAGACGGAGGCGUGCAAUAACGAAUCUUCAGGUCCAAAAUGAGGCAAGAUAGAUUCUGAUUUGUACAAGAAAUUUUCUGCUGAAUUUCAUUCAUGGCAUGAAAGUAGGAACAUAUUAAGAGAAACUGAGCUCACAGAAUUGUGGUGUAAUGACUACGCAAUUAUGAGAGCUCCGAGCAUUUUUUACGACUAGAUAUCAUAUUAAAUAUAUCUUAAUUGACGUCUCUGAUUCAAGACACUAAUUUCUUCCCAGAUCCGUUAUCAUUUGAUUGUUAACAUGCAUUCAAAGAAAUUUUGUAGUCAGUGUUCAAGAGAUUUAACAGGUUUUGCUUCACCUCGCAUUGUAAUUGGU